CUCUCCUUGAGGAAGCUCGCACUGACGACUCAUAUUUUCCUCUAAAUGAGCAUCCACAACCAAUAUGUCCAAUAUGGUUCCGUAUUCAUUUCCCGACUUACCGUAGUGGUCCAACGGCUUCGUACAGAAAAGGAUUGCCGAUAGCUGCCGGUUUUGUGACCGAUCAUCUUUAAUAUGGCAAGAUCGCAGGAGCCGCUUGAGUAAUGAGAGCGAAAUUCAGAUUAACCCAGUCCUGAUAUACACGUCUUCAAGGAGGCCUGUUUACGUCCACGGCGCCUAGAACCCUGUAGUAUCCUUCCAAGUCCCCGCGUCACUGCUUGACUUUUCCUGUCCUGGGUUCCUCCGUCAUGUCAAGCCCUAGCAGCAGCCCAGAGAGAGAGGGAGGGAUGGCAGGUUCUGUUCAGCUGGAGGACCUCAACUCGCCUCCCGGACUGGAGACUGACCCUCCAUUAGCUGGCAGCCCAGUGCUCAGUCCGGAUUCCAGUUCCCAUGAUGCUGCGCUCUCUGCCCCGGCGGCCUCCCCGGCUGACUCAGAGAACCUCAGUCCAGAUGAGCUCGAGCUUCUGGCUAAACUGGAGGAACAGAACAGGUUGCUAGAAGCAGAUUCCAAAUCCAUGCGCUCAAUGAGUGGAUCUCGGAGGAAUAGUGGCUCCUCUCUGGUGUCAAGCUCAUCUGCAUCUUCUAACCUGUCGCAUCUGGAAGAAGACACUUGGAUCCUGUGGGGACGGAUUGUCAAUGAAUGGGACGAGUGGAGACGAAAGAAAGACAAACUUCUGAAGGAGCUAAUAAGGAAAGGCAUUCCUCAUCAUUUCCGAGCAAUCGUUUGGCAGUUAUUAUGUAAUGCCACUGACAUGCCAGUAAAGAAUCAGUAUUCUGAACUCUUAAAGAUGUCCUCACCCUGUGAAAAACUCAUACGCAGAGAUAUUGCCCGCACAUAUCCAGAGCACGACUUCUUCAAAGGCCAGGACAGCCUGGGACAGGAAGUUCUGUUUAAUGUCAUGAAGGCAUAUUCUCUUGUGGAUCGUGAGGUUGGUUAUUGUCAGGGCAGUGCCUUCAUCGUAGGAUUGCUACUUAUGCAGAUGCCGGAGGAGGAAGCCUUCUGUGUGUUUGUCAGACUAAUGCAGGAGUACAGGCUUAGAGAGUUGUUUAAGCCCAGCAUGGCUGAGCUGGGUCUGUGCAUCUACCAGUUUGAACACUUGCUACAGGAGCAGUUGCCGGAGCUGAACGUUCAUUUCCGCUCUCAGAGUUUCCAUACGUCUAUGUAUGCCUCGUCCUGGUUUCUUACACUCUUCCUCACCUUCCUGCCCCUGCCAAUAGCUACACGUAUCUUUGACAUCUUUAUGUAUGAGGGUUUGGAGAUCAUAUUCCGAGUUGGAAUAGCAAUAUUGCAGUACAACCAGACAGACCUCAUACAGCUAGACAUGGAGGGAAUGUCACAGCACUUUCAGAAGGUGAUUCCGCAUCAAUUUGAUAGCUGCCCGGAUAAGCUGAUCCUACGGGCUUAUCAAGUCAAAUACAAUCCCAAGAGAAUGAAAAAGUUAGAAAAGGAAUAUACCACUAUUAAGAACAAAGAGAUGGAGGAACAGAUUGAAAUUAAGAGACUACGUACAGAAAAUAGACUACUGAAGCAGAGGAUUGAGACACUGGAAAAAGAGAGUGCUGCAUUAGCAGACAGGUUGAUUCAGGGUCAGGUGACACGAGCCCAGGAGGCAGAGGAGAACUAUGUUAUUAAGCGUGAACUGGCUGUGGUUCGGCAGCAGUGUUACACAGCCAGUGAGAGUCUGGAGAAGGCGCAGGACACCAUACGUGAACUUCAACAACACAAGUAUACAGAGGAGUUUGUGAGUGGGCUGCAGACUCAGUUGGAGCAGUCUCGUCUACAGGAGGCAGAACUACUCGGUGCUCUGAAAGAAAUGCAGGACAAAGUGCUCGAUCUGGAAAAGAGGAACAGCUCUCUGCCUGAUGAAAUCAAUGUAGCUCAGCUACAGGAGGAGCUGAAGCUGGUGAAACUGAGAGAGCAGGAGACUCUGCGCUCCUUCAGAGAGAUGCAAGAGGCCGUUACUGAUCUCAACCACUGCUGGCAGAAUCAUACGUCUCGUGGAGGAGGAGGAGGAGGCCACUGGAAAGAAUCUCCUAAAAAGAAUGCAAUGAAUGAGCUACAGGACAAACUGAUGAGUCUGAGACUGCGAGAGGCUCAGGGUCAGGCUGAACUCAAAGAGGUCAAACUUAAAAACCUGCAGCUCGAAAGCCAGAACCAGAUCAACUGUAAACUUGUUGUCAGACAUGAGCAAGAGAGCGCCAGCCUGCAGGAGAGACUGCAGAAUGCUCUUUCUCACAACAAAACACUACAAAGCCAGCUCAACGAAAUGAAGAGAAAGAUGUCCGAGUCUGACUGCAAGAGCAAAGAAGAGGUGAUGGCGGUCCGUCUAAGAGAAGCUGACAGCAUGGCCGCUAUGGCUGAACUCCGGCAAAAGAUAGCCGAUCUAGAAAUACAGAAAGAGGAAGGACUGAUCCAAGGUCAGCUAAAUCACUCAGACUCCAGACAGUAUAUAACUCAACUGAGAGAGCAGAUCGCUGAACUCAAGAACGAGAUCAGGCAGCUGCGUGGACAGCCCUCCAAGUUCCAGAAUACCAGUGGUGGCGUUUAUCAGGACCUAUGUUUGGAAAGCCCAGCGUCUGCAGAAGGUGAUUACCUCAGUUCGGACGAGGACCCUCUUCAGAGCCUGCCUGUGAGCUCCCUGUACCCACACCACUCUUCACCUCAUCUGGACAGUCAAGGCAGCACAGACAGCGACGGCGAGGAAAGGAACCCCAUUCAAACCCCCUGCCAAGACCCUCUGCCUAACCAGCAGCAGCUGUACCCGGGCAUGGUGUGCACCGAAGGACUCGAGAACUGAGAUUGCUUGAAAUGGUGAGACGGGACGGACGGAAUCCUUUAGGAAUAGACUGCACAAAAUGCACACAUAUAUAGCGAGAGCGAGAGAUUAUGUACAUUCACCCAGAAGCUGUCAGAGGUAGGGCAGGUAACCGAUGCAAAGCGUGACACUCUCAUAGUAUACUUCACUCUCACUCGAGCUGUGUCCGAAACUUGAAAAUGGCGCCUUUGCUAAGGCUCGUCCAAAUCCAGCAUUUGCCUUCCAUCUGAUUGACUUUUAAUAUCUCCACAAUUUAGUGCAUUCAGUUUGGCUGUUAGUGAUAAAAUGGCAUCUGAUGAAGAGAUUAGAAAUACAAGAAUACAUCUUUUUUUUUUUUUUAAACCUACACAGAAAUGACAUUGUAUUCACUAAAUAUUUGAUUUAUGUCUAAACUUUGUUCUAGAUCAUUAGAUGUGACGUUUGGCGUACUUGGCAGCUGCUUUCAAAUUCGGACACAGCCUCUAUGUCUCUCUCUCUCUUAUACUUUCUCUUUGUCUUUUUGUCAGUGUGUCUGUUGCACAGUCUUUAAAUGUAUUGUAUUUCUUCCCAGGACUGAAUUUGGAGUUCUGUGUUACAAAACACAUACACAGAGAAGUCAAACUGUCCUCUUCUCAGAGUGCCAGAAAGUUUGGUCAUUUUUGCCAUUUUCUCCUUUCAGAAAACAGUGUGGCCUUGAAACUACCUCUAAUUUAACCAGACACUCACUCGAUCCCUGUGAGCAUACCACCUUCACCAGUACAACAGCCAUCUGGCUAGAAAUGAGGUCACAGAGGAGAGAAAAAGCAAGCAGGAUACACACCUUCGGGUACACUAAAAGUUUGGCUUUGGAAAUCAAGGGAUUGUCUUUGUCACACUCACUUGGCGUAAAACGUAGGGACCAUCUCUACUGUUUCUUUAGAGGAAAGCAGCAGAUUCGGUGCUUUUCUCAACCUGGACGUUUUUCGUUUUUCUGUCUUGUUCCUGUGGAGAGGAUGUACACCUUUUAUGUUUAUCUCAAACGCAACAGACACUACAAUCACUUUAAUGAGAGGUGAAGGCUGAAGGAAAGAAAAUAAGAAUGAACAAAGUCUUGUUAUAUAACGUAAUAGGGAUGUUAAUAGUUACAUACAUAGAUGAAUAUUACCGUAGCUCAUCCAUGUAUUUGUGUGUGUUUUAUACAAAACAAAGAAAGGUGAUCAAAAUUUUGGAUGGAGAAAAAUCCAUUGCUAAAGAACUCUUGUGUCAACAUUGCCAAAUGUUUUUUAUGUUAUUUAUACGUUUAUUUCUUUUAUGUUUUUUUUAAUAAUGUUAAUGUACUUCAUGCAUAGAGGCCAAACUAUUUAAUUUAUACUAUUCUUCUGUGCCAAUCCUGAAAAACAGCAUGAAGCUGAAACUACAGGGUCUCCAGAAAAGAGAUUAGUUUGAAAAGGGUAAAGAACAGAUAAAACAACUGCUGCUAUGACAUAUCUAAUUAGUUAUUUUAUUAUUAUUAAUAUUAUUAUUAUUUAUCAUUUUUACUCCCAUGUAAGGUAGAUCUAUAAAUCCAAGAUAAACUGUGAAGUUAUUAUUGACUUGGCGCUUACCAGCAAUGAGUUGCCUAGAUUUGUACACUACAUAAAUACCCUCAAGCAACUAUGCGAUAUUGAUUUGCAGUUCACAUUUCAAAUGUUAACCAUCUUAAGCAUUGAUCCUGAUUUUUAUGGGUUUAUGCUGAUUCAAAAGCAACUUCCUGAAGCAUUUAUGAAGACUAGCUCUUGGUUUUUAAAGACAGUUUGCUUGCGUUUGACUGAACUACAGAAGGUUUACAAGCAAACGUAACUACUCAACUAAAUUACAGUUCAUUUACAAACUAUUGCAAGAUUUUGUAUAUAUACAUUAUAUUAUACAAAUAUUUCAUAUUUGUAACAGUUUCCUUCCUUUUAAUCGAGUUUGGUCACUUUAAUUUUUUUACCCACAAUUUCAUAACCUGUCUUGAAGACUUCCAUCUAACUCUGUACUGUCUACGAUGCCGAUCAGUGUCAUUGCCUUUCCCCACCACUGCCUCAUUUUGCUAAAGCUCGUCGGUCGUUGCAUUUAUCAGACAUUUUACAUGUUUACAUGACUUUCUGAGAGCGAUACAUUGCCGACAUUUGCACCCUUUACUGGUUUUUGACAAAAACCAGUGAGACGCUGCUCUCAGUCAUAUCUCUGACAGUAUGAUGCAUUACAAGACAUUGGAGUUUUGGGGAGAAGUAUUUACAGUACGUGCUGAAUAUGACAUGAAAACCAUUUAAGUGUGUUCAUAAAGCAUAUCUCCUUUUGAGUGGUUGCAAGUUCUCAAGGUAGCCUGGGGUUGCUGUUUUAACGUGCCACAGUGUUUUAUUGACUGAAAAUUAUUAUUUUAUUUAUUUUUUUGUCUAAUGCAAAAUUGUUUGGUGGAACUGCUUGUUGUAGAGUUGCUAUUUUUUUUGUUGCUUUGCACCUUUCAUUUCUUUGCUGGUCUUUAAAGGGAAACCUCAGAGGGUCCCAGAAGCUGUAAGACUUUAUCAAGCAGUUGUUGUACCAACAUUUGUUCUGGUUUGGGACUGUUGGAUUUCAAAUAGUCGAAGGAAACUUUCUUCACAGCUUGAUUACAAAACACAACGGUUUUGUGGUGUGAGUUUUAGCUUCUGAAGAAUAUUUGCUAAUAGGAAAUCAGAAAUGGCUGUUUUGAAAUGAACUUGGAAUGAGAGUUGUUGUUUAAGGACUUAAUUUUGUUUAAAAUAAUAAGAAGUCAGUCUUAUUGGGAAGGCUUUUGCAAGCUUGUUUAUUGUUACCUGACUAGGAACGUACCAUGUUCAGAUUGUCAAUGGGUGGCUAAUAUGAUCAAACACAUUUGUCUCACAUUGAGCUCUAAUUUCAGUCACCUUCAGAAUGGCUGAAUUAUAUUCUAAUCAGUGGAAGAAGAAAAAAAUAUGAAUGAAAAAUGUUACAGUGAUUGACUCAUAGUACUGAUAUUAUUAGUUUUCCCUGCAUAAAGUCUAUUGCGUAUCUCAGAAACACUAUAUCACUGUUUCAGUUGAAGCUGAAGACUUUUAUGUACUGUUAUCAGAAGUUUUUUGUUUUUUUGGUAACAUCCUUUCAUGGCAGUUUUUAUCUCACUUUUCUUUUUUUUGUUCUUUCCUUUUUUUUUUUUUUCUUCUAGUUGUUGCUUGAAGGUUACCAUGUAAGCAAUGAUCAUAAUGAAACCCUGAUUGGUUUCAUGAAAGAUAUGUUGUAGUUACAGUAGACAACCUAACUACAACAAAAUGCAUAAAUGACACUUUUAUGCAUGAGCUUGAAGAAAAUCACUGUUCAGAAGAACACUGUAUUAUUUAAUGCCUCCUUUUUUGGUCUUCCAUUUUCUUAAGUACUGUAAAUGUGGAGAUAAAUUGGGAAAAUAAUAUUUGUAUAUAGCGCAUGUAAUGUCAUUCAAGUGUUACAAUCAUACAGAAAAUGUUCGUACUGUAUGUACUGAAUUCAGUGUUUUCAUUCAUAUGUAGUUUGACUGCUAUUUCAAACACUGUGUGUAUCAAAACAGCAACCCCAAAAGCAGAGGUCAAUAUUUCAUACACACCACAUUAUGCUUUCAGGUGUAGCCAUAUUGAAUAAAUGGCCAGUGAGGGCAUGAGGUCAUAACGCAGAGGCUGAUGUGACAUCACCUCCUCUAUAGUGCUCCAACAGCUGCCUUACCUCCUUUCACCAGUACAUAAAUGUCCAGUAGUCUCCCCGUGAUCACAUCCUCUCUCUCUUACAGUUUUACUGAUGUGUUAUUAAGAAUGACAGUACUAAAGAUUAUAUAAAUGGCAAUGUUAUCAAAUGAUGAUCCAGUGUUCUGUAUUUGAUGAUAAAAUGUAUUUAAAAAAAAAAAUAAACAUUUAUGCUAUACAUUU